CUUAUUCUUUGGCUGUUUAGGCCAAACGAUGGGGCUGCAGGUCAUGUACGCUGGGCUAUAAACCCAAUUCGACUACUAUUAAUUUCGGAUUUUUCUUUACAUGUUCUUUUUCAUCGAUCUUUUGAGAAAACAAGGGAAGACCGGAAGAGUACGUGAAAACACUUUCCCCGGUCUAAACCCUACAGGACCAGCUAGCGUGCUGCCAUGUCCCCCGCCGUAGGCCGUGGCAACCCGCCGUCGCGGUCAGCCUCCUCCUCCACCAUCGUGGCCGAGACGGCGACCGGGUAUCACCUCCUCAAGAUCAACGGCUACUCCCUCACCAAGGCCACCACCCCCACCGGCUCGUUUCUCCCUUCGAGCCCGUUCACCGUCGGCGGCCACCGCUGGAACAUCAAAUACUACCCCAAUGGAGAUGACGUCAAGACCGCCGAUUACAUAUCUUUCUUUCUCGUACUAGAAGAAGAAGAGACCAACAUGGGUUUGACGGUGCAGGCCAAGUUCAAGUUUAGUUUCGCUAACCAGGUGAAGAAGCAACCUUCGCUGAAAUACAGGCCCAUAAAGACAUUUAAUCUCGAGGAUUCUUGUGGUUGGGGCUAUGUGGAGUUCAUCAAAAGGGUAGAUCUCGAGAAGUCCGAUGAUCUUAGGGACGAUUCUUUCACCAUCCGGUGCGACAUUGUCGUCGUCCGUGAGAUCCGCACCGAGGAGACGACCGAGAUACUCCCCGUCGAAUCCUUUGUACCCGUGCCCCCGUCCGACAUGGACCAGCAGUUCGGCGACCUGCUGGAGACCGAGAAGGGCGCGGAUGUGGUGUUUGAGGUCGGCGGCCAGACGUUCGCCGCGCACCGGUGCGUGCUCGCGGCGCGGUCGCCGGUGUUCAGGGCGGCGCUCUACGGCUCGAUGAAGGAGGGCGACACUGAUGGAGUCGUGCACAUUGAAGACAUGGAGGCGCAGGUGUUCAAGCUGUUGCUCCGCUUCGUGUACACCGACUCGUUGCCGGAGAUGGAGACGGAGGAAGACGUCGUAUGCCAGCAUCUGCUCGUCACGGCGGAUCGAUACGACCUGCACAGGCUCAAGCUGAUGUGCGAGAACAGGUUAUGCAAGUACAUUGGUGUAAGCACGGUGUCGAACAUCCUGGCACUAGCUGAUCAGCACCACUGCGACGGGCUGAAGAAGGCGUGCUUCAGUUUUCUUGGCUCACCGGCGAACCUGAGUGCUGUCGUCGCCAGCGACGGCUUCAAGCAUCUGAGCAGGAGCUGCCCCUCUCUUAUGGAAGAACUGGUCGUUAUGCUUGCACUUCCGCCUAGUCAUGCUUAGUGUUCGUGUGCUCUUUUUUUAGAUAACUAGUUAUCGUGCACGUGUAAGGCACGUUUUGACAUUAUAUACACAGAAGUAGAAUAAUAAAUGCUACUUUUUUAUGCAACACUCCAUAUAAAUUCUUCACGUAAAAAUUGAGUUUCAUAGACCAUAUGGAGCUUUGGAAUUUCUGUUAAUAAAGACGGAUGGUGCAUUGCAUCUUAUAUUGUCACUCUAGGAAUGCUCCCGAGGACAAAAAGAUAACUACACAGAAAUAUUUCACUAAUAUAAAAACAGAAACAACUUUGAAGUAUCUUUGUCUGAGAGUCACUAUGCUCACUACUUAUGUGAGAUUGCUAGCAUC